AUGUUGAUAUUGCAAUUCUCGCCUCCUGCGUCAUCUAAGUUAGACCCUUCCUCUGGCGAAGUCACGUUACAUAAUCGGAUGUCGACUCGUCAGCGGCCACUCAAGCGGGUGUACCAGGCAUGUGAGCCAUGCCGGCGCAAGAAGAGAAAAUGCUCCGGCGAGCAGCCAGUCUGCUCGCACUGUGCGCGCUUACACCAAUCAUGCCGAUACGCCCGUAGCGGGGUUGGUUCUGGGAGACUGACUUCUCCCCCGGACAGAGCCUCUGUUGCAUCGCGUACUGAGGCCCCUCCAUCUGUGGAGGAUCGUCUUUCCAGCUUAGAGGCUAAGAUGACAGCAGUGCUUGAGAGCUUGGGACAAAACGAUCAUAUUCAUCCUUUCCCUCCGUCGACACGGAGAGGUGCCUCUGUCUCUCCUCCAUCGACUCGCGAGACAGUCUCGACGACGUUGCCUUGGGAAAAGGUCGUCUCCAUCGCUGAGCUGUACUUGCUUUACUGCGAUUGUCAGCCCCUCCCCCUUUUCCACAGGGCCACUUUCCUGGCCAGCCUGGGGCAGCGUGACCCUGAAAUCAUCUACGCUGUUCUGGCAUUGGCAAUCCGUUUCUGUCCUCCAUCCUUCUUCAAAAACACUGAUAAUGUCACCGAUCUGAUUACGACUUACGCCGAGUCUGCACGGACGCUCGUCAUUAAGAGGGUGCUGGAAGGCCCGGUCGAGCUUUCAACCCUGCAAUGUCUCUGUCUUUUAAGUCUGGUUGAUUUUACUAACGGCAAUACUCAUCAUGCAAGUAUAUAUACUAGUUUGGCCAUGAAUCUCGCCAAAUGUGCCAACUUGGGUUCCGAAACCCAGCGGGUGCCAAACCAGGUGGCUCGUGAAGAACGGCGGCGUUGCUUCUGGAGUAUCUGUCUUCUUAGGCGUCUCCACGGGGAGGACUUCCAUCUGCUCGACUUGGCCGGCGAAGACAACGUCCCUGCCUGGCCCGAAAGCACGGGCAUGCCGCCUGAUAUUUGCGUCUCUGAUCACUCAGGCGUGGAAGCUCGACUGACUCGCAGCGUGAAGGACGAGGGGAUCGUCGCCUAUGUGAUCAUUAUCACUGAGGUAUUCUCAAGAACGGCCAGAUAUAUCAAGCGCCGCGGGAAGCCCAAUGACUUCCCGCCCUGGUCCCCCCAAUCUGAAUACUCCAAAAUCAUUUCUUUGCAGAUGGAAGUCGAGACGCGUAUGCCCUAUACCCAUCGGUUCAAGUAUGCUAAUCUUGCCGAGAGGUCGACCGAAGACCUCCAGUCCAACCGCGACUACUGGGGUCCUUGGUUUCUGAACCAAUUCCUGUAUCACACCAUUCUCUGCCUCCUCAACCACCCGCUUCUCCUGUCAUUGAGUCUUCGAAAUUUCCGCAGCACGAUCCCUGAGAUCUUCCUCCAGCACUCGUCAGACCUGAUAUCGUCGCAUACGACGUGGAUCAUCCACUUUAUCAAAUUCUUCAAUGAGAAAGGGUUCAAAGUGUCGGAUCCGUUUCUCGGAUACAGUGCUGCCGUGGUGGCCACCAUUGAACUACAGCUCAGCUUCACGGAAGACAGCGCCAUCCGCAAGGACAAACAGGACAGGUUUACGCUCUGCGUGAACUUUGUGCGAGAACUGGGGAAAGAGUGGCCGCACAUGGCGCGAAUGGCAGAUAAGCUGCAAGACCUGAAAGGAGCCGUUUCAGCAUCCUACCUACCCUACGCCCAAACGCAGAACAAGAGCCUUCUCAUCGACCUAUCUCGUUUUUGGGAGAUUCUGGACUACUCGAGCGUCUGGUUUUCAGACACCACCGCCGGACGACGCCUCUUUGGCCCGUCCCUGUACUCCGAGCCGCCAGCUACUGCCCCCGAAGUAUCGAGUACAUCGCCUCUACCUGAACCUACGCGUCUGGGAGGAUCGUCAUCGUCGCAACAACCCUCUCGAGAUCGAGACCCUAAUAAUAAUAAUAAUAUUGUUUCUUCCGGAUGUGCGGCUAGCCAGUCCCUAGAUACAGGAGGAAUCCCACCGACAACAGCCUCGAUGGAUCUUGUCAAUGACGAGUUUUCCAUCCUUGCGGAGAACUUCUUUUCCCAGGGUCAGGAUUUUCUUCGAGGUGCGGAGGAUUGGUUUAAUACCGGCAAUUUGUAA